AUUGUAUAACUAAAUAUCCUAUUCCUUUCAAUUAAUGGUUGCACCUAAUACUAAUAUCUGACAAUUUUUUCUUUGAUCUUCCACAAGACCGUGCUAAAAGCUUCGCCACCCUCUUUUAUCAAACUUGAACUUUGUUGGGUUUAUUUGUUUCCAAAAUAUCUGAUAACCCAAAUCAUCAAUGGCAGCAAGAAGUAAUAAUAUCGCCACGCUACGCCUCCCUGGGGACGUGUUCAAGGUGUGGAAGAAGAAUGAGACGGGGACGAAAUUAGGGUGUUAUCCUUCAAGGCAUGUAGCAAUGAUCACGAGAAAAAAUGGAAACUUUGUGGUGAGGGCCGGUGCCGGUGGAACUCCUAGAAGCGUGCAGACAAUCAAUGGGAAGGUCAAUGGUGUUCAUGUGGCAGAGGCUAAAUUAUUUGGAAACAAGAAUAGUAUAGAGCUGAUUAAUGGUGACGGCGAUUCACCUCCUCAUUCCUCUUUGCAUGGAAAGUUUGUGGAGGAGAGGUUUGUUUAUAGGCAGACGUUUAUUAUUAGGUCGUAUGAGAUUGGACCUGACAAAACUGCCACCAUGGAAACCCUAAUGAAUCUCCUCCAGGAGACAGCUCUAAAUCAUGUGACAAGUUCCGGCCUUGCCGGAAAUGGAUUCGGGGCUACUCGUGAGAUGAGCAUCCGGAAGCUCAUUUGGGUUGUUACACGGAUUCACAUUCAAGUACAGAGAUAUAGUUCCUGGGGAGAUGUGGUCGAAAUCGAUACUUGGGUGGAUGCAACAGGCAAAAACGGAAUGCGAAGAGAUUGGAUUAUCCGAGACUACCAAACUCAAGAAAUCAUUACCAGAGCUACAAGCACCUGGGUGAUCAUGAACAGAGAGACAAGAAGGCUGUCCAAGAUACCUGAUCAAGUCAGGCAAGAGGUGUUACCAUUCUACCUAAACAGAUUUGCAAUUGCUACAGAGAAAAAUGAUAGCGAGAAAAUCGACAAGCUCAACGACGAUACUGCAGAGAGGAUCACGUCAGGUCUAGCACCAAGAUGGAGUGACAUGGAUGCCAACCAGCAUGUUAACAAUGUGAAAUACAUUGGAUGGAUUUUAGAGAGUGUGCCCAUCAAUGUGUUAGGAGAUUAUGAUCUCACAAGCAUGACAUUGGAGUAUAGACGUGAAUGUAGGCAAUCAAAUUUGCUAGAGUCCCUAACAAGUACAACAUCAAGUUUGGCUGAUGACUCCAACUUCAAGAACAACUCCAUCAAUCGUAGACCAGACCUAGAAUACACACACCUUCUUCGGAUGCAGGCCGAUAAGGUGGAGAUAAUACGAGCACGAACAGAAUGGAAUAGGAAACAAAAGCAUGAACUGCAUUGACCUCAAUAUUUGCAGCAGUUUCAGUUUGUUACCCUCCACAUCAAUUUGUUUUCAAGCUUUUUGGCUUCCCAUCUGGGUUUCCUUGAUUUUUAUCACUUUUUUUCUUUAGCGUGUUGUAUUAUACUAUUAUUCAUCAGGCUGGAACAAUAUUUUACAAGUGCACUACAUGUUUGACGGUGCAGUGCUUAGAGGGUUUUGUGCUUUGAUAAAUUAUAUAGUCCUUACAGGGAAAGAUAUUUGUUUGCAUGUUUAUGAGAAGCCUUAACUAUUGAAGGGACAUCAAUGGAUAUAAGGCCCUAAUCUGAAUC